AUGCAUGGAGUGGAUAACCUACAUGGAACGGUUUUGAGGGUGGUGUUGUUCCCAUGGGUACCUUCUGCAGUGACACACCAUGGAAAAUAUGUUGGUGGAAUGGAUUACAACACUUUAGAAACACUUAAAGAAAGGAUGAACUUCUCUUCCAUUACCUUCCGACCAUCCGACGGCCAUACAUUCUCUCAUACCGGGAGGAACGUUUCUGGUUCUAUUAGAGACAUUGUUAUGGGAAAUGCAGACAUAUCAUUUAAUGGCCACUUUUUGCUUGACUAUAAAAUCAAUGAAAUAAAAUUAACCCAUAUGGUCUUUAUGGACAAGAUAUGUUUUGUUGUAGCAAUGCCUUCAUAUAAAUCUCAUUAUACAGCCAUCACAAAUAUUUUCUGUCCAAGUGUUUGGGGCCUAAUCACUUUCCUGUACUUUAUUAUGAUUUUUCUCUACUACGGAAUUCAAUAUAUUGUCAGAUCCAAAAAUCAAAACUAUAAAAUGACAGAUUUAUUUUUUCUAUUUUAUGAGCUCUUGAUUUUUGGAGGAUCAUCAUCAAUCAGAGCAGAUAUUAUUUCAAAAAAGUUUCUACUAGGUAGUUUGCUCAUAACUCUGUUAAUUCUAAACAAUACGUUCCAGAGUUCACUGGUGACGGUCCUUAGCAAACCUGUCCGCAACCCAUUCAUCAAUUCCUUAGAGGAUAUCAUUAAUUCCAAUUUAGCCCUCCAAUCUGAACGGGCAGAGUCUCUCUGGUCCGAUCCUGAUUUUGUACAGUUACUCAACACUCUCAGGAAAAGAAAACUUAAGGAGAACAAUUUUGUAAGAUUGGUUAGGUUUCCGAUAACAAAAAUCCAGCUUUACAGGAACUAUGUGGUAUACAGAAAAAAUAUGACAGAAUAUUUACACACAGUGCCGGACUGUAUAGUAUCUUACUUUCUUGCCUAUGUGGUACCAAAGACAUCACCGUUCUUGAAUAAGAUCAACUCUUAUCUAUUACGGUUCCAAGAAAGUGGACUGCAUCUUCAAUGGUUUGAUAAUGGGACACAGUACAUUCUGUUAAGGACAUAUUACCCUCUCAUUAAUGAACAUUUGGUUGAAGCUCAAGCCAAAAUUUUUACUAUGGAAGAUCUGGCUUUUGUUUUUACUCUUCUAUUAAUUGGACUUUUCUUAAGUGUUGCAGUGUUCAUUGUUGAACAUAUUAUAGGUGACAAGUGUAGGAGCAAUAAGAAUAAUUAUUAAACACAGUAUAGAGCUUAUCACAAUAAAUGUCUAAAAGAAAUGAAGUGUGUCUAAAUCACCACAGACUCGAAAGUUUGUACUGCAUUUCAUUCUAAUGUGUAACGCACAGUAUUCUACAAAUAUCCUCAAAAGCACCAAACCAUU